UCUAAACGUCACACUGACAGUACUACACAACAUUUAAUUUUGACAUUUGCUAUCCAACAAGACGAAAAUUCCAAUUUGUUUCUGACGAAAAGUAAAUAUAAAUAAAUUAAGAAAAACAUAGUUGAAACGAUAAAUUUGAAAUGGAAGGAAUUCUCUGGAAGUGGACUAAUUACUGGAACGGAUGGCAAACCAGAUGGUUUGUUUUGGAAAAUGGUAUUAUUUCGUAUUAUAAAUCUCAAGAGGAAGUCAGCCAAGGGUGCAAAGGGUCUGUGAAAGUUUCGGUGUGUCAAAUCAAUGUUAAUGCAAUGGACAACACAAGACUUGAUCUAGUUAUACCAGGACAGCAACACAUGUACUUGAGAGCACCCUCUCCACAGGACAGGCAGAAAUGGCUGGUUGCACUAGGAAGUGCUAAAGCAUGCGUUGACUCAAAAGAUCUGAAAGCUGCGUCAUUAGAAGAUACAAACUCAUUAGGUCAUAAGAAAUCUGAGUUACGUUUAUAUUGUGAUCUGAUGAUGCAACAAGUGCAUGCAGUGAAGAGUGCAGCUACUGCUGAAGGUGGUCCUGAGACACAGAAAAUUGAAGAUGCUUCAAGUCUACUCACUGCAACAUGUGAUACUUUCAUAAGAACAUUAGAAGAUAUAAUGAGAUUAACGUCAAACGCAGGACAAAAUGCUGCAACUUUUGAGAUGCCAAUACCAAAUAUUAAAAAUAACAGUUCCAAUAAGACUCCUAGGCAAAGUAUAAGUCGGACGUUGUCCCAAGAAAACAGAUGAAAUCUUCCUAUUUAUUUAUUUUUAUAACUAUAAUAAAUUCCUAUAAAAUAUCUUAAUAUGUAUGUAAUAUAUUCAUGUUUGUAAUCCUGGUGAUACAGCUUUUGCUUUGAUAUACCAAAAAAAAGAAAAAUAUCAACCUAGUGCUAAUAUGGCAUCCAUAUUGCACAGGUCUUGUUUAUAUAACUUUGUGUUGAAAUUUUUGUUUAUAGUUUAUUUUGUUAUCUGUCAUAAAUCCAUGGUUUAUUUAAAAUUAAAACUACAAGUAAUGUAAUGGAAUUGUAUUUGUAUUGUAACACUGGAAGAUAAAACAUAUCUAUGAUAUAAAACUCCGUACUUAAUUGUUUCACAAUGUAUCUCAAUUAAAAAUGGCUAAUUGAAUGUUUAGCCUAGUACUUGAAACACACCACUAUAACGAAAUGUUGUUUAUUGUACUUAUACCUAUUGUAUCAAGCUUGCAUAAUAAUGUAUUCCUGUGAUAUAAGUAUAGCAGCUGUUUGUCACAUAGUUAUAUCAAAUGUGGCUAUCCUAUCAUAAUAAAUAAUAAUGCUCUUAAAAUUAAAUUUUUAUCAUGCCAAUGAAUUUCUAUAUUUACUUGUUUUAUGUAAAUGUAAAAUUAAUAUUUGUAGUAUGGAUUAGUGUAAAAAGAGACUCAUUGAAUUAUAUUGUUAUUAUAGGUAAAAGUAAUAUUAAUACCAGGUGAAAAUUGAGGAACUGAUUAUGACAUUCCAACUAUUAAUGUUUUAAUUGUUUUGUACCAAAAAUGUUGCAACAAAAUUUUACUUUUACAAAUGUUUAGAAAACGAUACAAAAAUGUAUUUGUUAUGAUUACAAACUGCAACUUUUAAACAAUAGUGAUGUAUAUUAAAAAUAA